ACAGAAGGAAAUAGGAGUCUCUACUAAAACCCUGAAAAGAGAGAGAGAUGGGGAAGAAGAAUAAGAGAAGAGACGAAGACGCCGAAUCUCCUCAGCUCAACCCUAACGAUGGAAAUGGUGACGACUCUGACAAUGCGAAGAAUCUCAAGAAGAAGAAGAAGAAUAAGAAGAACGAGAAACCAAAAGAGAGGGCCACAGUGAGCAUAGCUGUGCCUGCUUCCAUCAUUGACAACGUUCCAACCCUUGACCUCGCCACUCGGCUGGCUGGUCAAAUCGCUCGUGCUGCAACUAUUUUCUGUAUCGACGAGGUUGUUGUGUUUGAUAAUAAUGGGGAGCCAAAUAGGGACCCCAUGAUGGAGAAUUCAGAUGAUGAAAGUGGUGCAGCUUUUCUCAUCCGAAUCCUGCGGUAUCUUGAGACACCUCAGUAUCUGAGGAAGGCUUUGUUCCCUAUGCAUAACAGCCUCAGAUUUGUGGGCCUGUUGCCACCCCUUGAUCCCCCGCACCAUUUGCGCAAACAUGAGUGGGGUCCAUAUAGGGAAGGUGUCACAAUAAAUGGUAAUUCAAACUCAACGGGAACACUAGUUGAUGUUGGUUUAGCUAAGCAUGUUGUAGUUGACCAACUACUGGAACCAGGAAGAAGAGUCACGGUAGCCAUGGGUGCCGAGCGCAAUUUGGAUUCUGAUUUACCACGCCAGGUUGUGUCGUCAUCCAAGCCCAGGGAAGAAGGUGAAUAUUGGGGAUAUCAAGUGCGCUAUGCACGUAAUAUUUAUCGUGAGGGUGGCUAUGAUUAUAUAAUAGGUACCUCUGAGCAUGGUCAAAUUAUUAAGUCGCAUGAGCUUGAAAUACCUUCUUUCAGACAUUUGUUGAUUGCCUUUGGUGGAUUAGCUGGGCUGGAAGAGAGUAUUGAAGAAGAUGAUAACUUGAAGGGGAAAAAUGCAGGGGAUGCAUUUAAUGUAUACUUAAAUACGUGUCCACAUCAGGGAAGUAGGACAAUUCGAACUGAGGAAGCAAUUCUUAUCUCUUCAAUACUUCCAAGAACCAAUUAGUAGAGCAUUGCAGAGUUAAAUAUUGUGGCGUCUAGAAUUCAUGUAGCGUGAUCAACAGCGACAGUUGCUUCCACAUCAGUAUUUUUAUGUUUUCACCUCAUCCUUCAGACUCUGGCUGCAAUGUUGCAAGGUAGAGGCAAUAGUCAAGACACUCACUAUGAUAGCUAUACUUUCUGUUAACGUUAUUUACACAACCUGUCCUUCUAUAAAAUAAUUUAGAAUGCUAUUCAAUCAAUAACAUUGGAAGAAAUGUAUGUAUAGCUAUGUACUGUAUUACUAUUAUCAUUUUAAGAUUUUCUUGUUUUAGAGCUUUUUAAUGAUAUUUUAAACCUUUAACCUAAA